UAGCGACUUUUAGAACACUGCUUUUAACUCUAGCUUGCCUUGUUUUCAAGUGAUAUUUUUAGCAAAAGAUGGUGCUGAAAUGCUUGUUGAUUCAAAAUGUUCUAUUAUUAUGUUGCAGAUAGUUCCUUUUGAUCCAACAAAAAAGAAGAAAAAGAAGAAACCAAUGCCUCAAGACCUAGUUGAAGAAGAGCAUGUUGACUCUUUAGUAGAGAAAACUGAGAGUUUAACAGUUUCCGAAACUGGUGAAACAUCAUUUACUGGUCUGAAAAAGAAAAAGAAGAAGCCGGCGCACACUGAUCUUCUGGUUGAGGAAAAAGAGAAUACUGCAGAAGACGUGGAUGAUGUAGUUGGCGACGAUGAGGCAGGAGAAGGAAUCAUUUUGCAACAAUAUCCAUGGGAAGGAACAGAUAGAGAUUAUCAUUAUGAGGAGCUUCUUUUUCGAGUUUUCAACAUUCUACGUGAGAAUAAUCCGGAGCUUGCUGGUGAUCGGCGCAGGACUGUUAUGAGACCUCCUCAAGUACUUCGUGAAGGAACUAAGAAAACAGUUUUUGUGAAUUUCAUGGACCUGUGCAAGACUAUGCAUAGACAACCUGAGCAUGUUAUGACUUUCUUGCUGGCUGAAAUGGGAACAAGUGGGUCUUUGGAUGGACAACAAAGGUUGGUCGUGAAAGGGAGAUUUGCUCCCAAGAACUUUGAGGGUAUUCUGCGGCGUUAUAUCAAUGAGUAUGUCAUUUGCAAUGGCUGCAAAAGUCCAGAUACCAUCCUCUCAAAGGAGAACCGUCUUUUCUUCCUCAGAUGUGAAAAGUGCGGUUCUGGGAGAUCGGUUGCUCCAAUCAAGGCUGGAUUUGUUGCUCGUGUUGGCAGACUGAAAGCACCAAUCGUGAGUUAUGUCGUGAGUAGCGCACAGAGUGAGAACACUGCACAGAGCAAAUGAUGAAGGUGAGUUAUGCCUUUUUCUUAUGGCGAUUUCUAUCUUCUUCCCCAAUUCGCCACGAAUCAGGUAAAUCCCUCUGCUCCUCUCAAUCCUCGCUACUUUCUCGUUGUUUUUGUACAAAAGGAGCUGUUGCUAAAUUCAAUUUCCGUGAAAAAAUUAAGAACAUUAAUGGCUUGGAUGAUGCUCUUUACCUGUAUGAGAACAUGUCGAGAACGAGGCCUCUACCAAGUACUGUUCAGUUUAAUCAAUUGCUCUCGCGUGUGGUCAAUCUGAAAGAGUACUCUGCUGCUAUUAACCUUUUCAAAGACAUCUGCGGUUUAGGGGUUUCAGUCGAUGAAUACACUAUGAGUGUUGCUAUCAACAGCUUUUGCCUUGCGGGCCGGGUCGAUUACGGGUUCUCCGUUCUGGGUUGGUUCUUCAAGCGGGGCUGUUCUGCCAAUGAGUAUACCUUCAGCACCUUACUGAAAGGCCUGUUUCGAGAAAAGAGGAUUAACGAAGCACAAGAGUUGAUAAGGAAGAUGGCCGGAGAAGGGCUUUGUGAGCUAGACAUUGUAACUUGUGGUAUUGUGGUCGACGGGCUUUGCAAGUUUGGUAACACCUCAAUGGCCGUUGAAUUCCUCAGAACAAUGGAAAAAGGGACACUCAAGCCCGAUGCACAUAUAUAUAACAUUGUUAUUGACGGCUUGUGUAAGGAUAGAAUGAUAGACUCAGCCUUGGCGCUUUUCAACGAAAUGCCUAAGAAGGACAUCCUACCCAAUGUAUUCACUUACAAUUCUUUGAUCGGUGGUUUGUGCGGUUUCAGCCGUUGGGAGGAAGUAAAAAAGCUGAUGAAGGAGAUGAUGUUCUUCAAGAUGUAUCCAGAUGUGGUCACGUUCGGCAUCUUGAUUGAUGCUUUAUGUAAGGAAGGAAUGGUGGAUGAAGCAGAAGAUGUAAUCGGAAUCAUGAAGCAGCAGCAUGUAAUUCCAAAUGUCACCUGUUACACUGCAUUAAUGAGCGGAUAUUGUCUUCAAGGGCGUAUGGAUGAAGCAAGGAAUGUUUUUGAUUCAAUGGGUAGCAGCAAGAAUUAUACUCCUAAUGUUAUCAGCUGUAACACAUUACUCAAUGGCUAUUGUAGAAAGAUGAAGAUGGACGACGCUAUGGUUAUCUUCCACGAGAUGCCUCGUAAAGGGAUCAAGCCUGAUGUGAUCACGUAUACCACUAUACUGGGGGGUUUAUUUCGUGUGGGUAACUGGCGCGCAGCGCUUGAUAUUUUCUAUGAGAUGCAAGCUGUCGGACUAAAACCUAACUUCUAUACAUACUGUAAUAUGUUGGAUGGAUUAUGUAGGAAUGGGCAAGUGGAGAGGGCUUUAUCGUUGUUAGAAGCAUUAGAGCGCAAGGGACAACAUCUUCACAAUGAAUACUAUAACAUCGUCAUGGAUGGUUUGAUCAGGUUCAAUAACCUCAAUGCGGGUCGAGCUAUUUUGGAAGAUAUGGUUUCAAAGGGAUUGGAAUGUAAUGUGGUGACCUACACUGUUUUGAUUAAAGGAUGUUGUCAAAACGGGCUAUUAGAGGAAGCUAAGGAUCAUCUUUUCAAAAUGAGACGGUUAGGUUUGUCUCCGAAUGAGGUUACUUAUAACACUAUUGUCCGAGGAAAUCUAGCAGGUGGCCAAUAUGAUGAUGCAGAAAUGUUUCUUAAGGAGAUGGUUGCCAAAGGAUUCUUGCUUGAUUUAAAAACAUUUGAGAUGCUACUUAGUUUAUUCGGCUCAAAGGAAAAGAAUCCCAAAGUAUUCAGAAUUAUUCAGGAGCUGGCGCCAAACAGUUUAAAACAAAAAUUAGGAGCAGAGUAGAUUCUCGGAAAAAGGUUCACCUGCACACCUUCCUGAAUGAGAGUCAAUUCUUGCACUUUUUGACUACAGCCUACAGGUUCACCCGUGCACCUUCGGGAAAGAAAAUCAGGUCUGCACUUCAACUUCACCCAAGGCCAGUAUAAAUAGUGCGAUUACUGGAUAAACAAAAUUGGAGCUGAUGAGCUCAUUACGGAUUUCAUGGCCAACCUCCAUCAGUAUCAUGAUGGAAGAACCAUUGCUCGUCCAAGGAGAAAGUCGCAUUAAAUGGCAUAUUUCGAUCGUCAGUCGGAGCUCCCAGAUUUUCCGACACGCAUCGGAGCCGUUGAUAUUUCAAGAGGCGAUUCUUGGUGCCUCGAUUGUCCAAAAAUUAAUUGGUGAUAUCUGGAUGCAUAGACAACCUGAGCAUGUUAUGACUUUCUUGCUGGCUGAAAUGGGAACAAGUGGAUCUUUGGAUGGACAACAAAGGUUGGUCGUGAAAGGGAGAUUUGCUCCCAAGAAAAUUGAGGGUAUUCUGUGGCGUUAUAUCAAUGAGUAUGUCAUAUGCAAUGGCUGCAAAAGUCCAGAUACCAUCCUCUUAAAGGAGAACCGUCUUUUUUUCCUCCGAUGUGAAAAGUGCGGUUUUGGGAGGUCGGUUGCUCCAAUCAAGGCUGGAUUUGUUGCUCGUGUUGGCAGACGUAAAGCCGGAACAUGAUAGGGAAAGGUUGGGCCUGCCUCUUUUAAGUUUGAUUUUUCGUUGCAAGUGAGAGCAUUAAUGUUAUUUUUGCCUUUAGUUAAUAAAAACAUUUAUAGUUUCUUUUACGUGGAGAGUUUACAUUCCCUUUCCCUUAUGGGCUGUUAUCGAACUUCACAAACAAUGCUCAUUCGUGUUCGAUAACAGCUCUUUUGUUUAGUAAUCGAUCCGAACUCGAACAUGAAAUUAUGCUCGUUUAGUUAUCGAACGAACACGAAA